GACGGUAUAGCGACAGUCAAACAGGAAGCACGCGCGCGGCGCGGGAACGAACCGGAAGAAGCCACGGUCUCGUCGGUACGGAGGCAGCGUCGCCAGAGGGGGGCGGGGGAGACGACGACGCGGGAGGAGGAGGAGGAGGACACACCUGCACCGAGACACGCAGCCGCAGCUGCCGCCUUUCGCCGCUCGUCUCGCCUCGGCCCCUCGUUCCUCCCUCGGACCUCCGCCGCUUCCUCGCUAAGAUGGCUGACCCCGGCAGCGACGGAGAGGUGGCGGAGGGCGCGCGCGGCUUCGCUCGCCAGGGCGCCCUCCGCCAGAAGAACGUCCACGAAGUGAAGAACCACAAGUUCAUCGCGCGCUUCUUCAAGCAGCCCACAUUCUGUAGCCACUGCACCGACUUCAUCUGGGGCUUUGGCAAGCAGGGCUUCCAGUGCCAAGUCUGCUGCUUUGUGGUCCACAAGCGCUGUCAUGAAUUUGUCACCUUUACCUGUCCCGGAGCCGACAAGGGGCCCGCCUCAGACCAGGAUCCUCGUAGUAAACACAAAUUUAAGGUGCACACGUACUCCAGCCCGACCUUUUGUGACCACUGCGGUUCACUCCUCUACGGGCUGAUACACCAGGGCAUGAAAUGUGACCACUGCAUGAUGAACAUCCACAAGCGCUGCGUGGCUAACGUGCCCAGCCUGUGUGGGACGGAUCACACGGAGAGGAGAGGGCGCAUCCAAAUUUCGGCUGGGAUCAACGAGGACAGGCUCACCGUCACCAUCAAAGAGGCCAGGAACUUAGUCCCCAUGGACCCCAACGGCCUGUCGGACCCCUACGUGAAGCUCAAACUGGUCCCCGAUCCCAAGAGUGAGAGCAAGCAGAAGACCAAGACCAUUAAAAGCUGCCUCAACCCCACCUGGGAUGAGACCUUCACUUUCAACCUGAAAGAAAGCGACAAUGGCCGCCGUCUGUCCGUGGAGAUCUGGGACUGGGACUUGACCAGCAGGAAUGACUUCAUGGGAGCUCUAUCUUUUGGCGUCUCGGAGCUGCAGAAACAAGGAGUAGACGGCUGGUUCAAGCUUCUGUCCCAGGAGGAAGGAGAGUAUUUUAACGUUCCCGUCCAGCCCGAAGGCGAAGACGGCAAUGAGGAGCUGCGAGAAAAGUUUGCAAGGGCAAAGGUGGGCCCGGGUAAGCCGUCAGACUCCUCCUCUUCCUCCGUCAGCAAGUACGACAGCAAUGGCAACCAGGACCGCAUCAAGCUCUCCGACUUCAACUUCAUCAUGGUCCUGGGAAAGGGCAGCUUCGGCAAGGUGAUGCUGGCCGAGAGGAAAGGUACCGACGAGUUGUACGCCGUCAAAAUCCUGAAGAAGGACGUGGUGAUCCAGGACGAUGACGUGGAGUGCACUAUGGUGGAGAAGAGGGUCCUCGCUCUGGCCGGGAAGCCUCCUUUCCUCACACAGCUGCACUCCUGCUUCCAGACCAUGGUAGCACUCGCUGUCCCUCUCCUCAUGCUGUUGUUGGCGGGUAAACGGAGAGUCUUCUUUGGCCCCCAGGACCGGUUGUAUUUUGUGAUGGAGUAUAUUAACGGCGGGGACCUCAUGUACCAGAUCCAACAAGUGGGGAAGUUCAAGGAGCCCCAUGCUGUCUUCUACGCCGCUGAGAUCGCCACCGGCCUCUUCUUCCUCCACGUCAAAGGGAUCGUGUAUCGGGACCUCAAGCUGGACAACGUCAUGCUGGACUCGGAAGGCCACAUAAAGAUCGCCGACUUCGGCAUGUGCAAGGAGAACAUGAACGACAGCGUCACCACAAAGACGUUCUGCGGAACCCCAGACUACAUCGCACCCGAGAUCAUAGCGUACCAGCCCUAUGGCAAGUCUGUAGACUGGUGGGCCUUUGGAGUUCUACUCUAUGAAAUGCUUGCAGGGCAGCCACCUUUCGACGGAGAGGAUGAAGACGAGUUGUUCCAGUCCAUCAUGGAGCAUCACGUCUCCUACCCAAAAUCCAUGUCUAAAGAGGCGGUCGCAAUCUGCAAGGGGCUGAUGACCAAGAAUCCAGGCAAGCGUCUGGGCUGCGGCCCCGAGGGCGAGAGGGACAUCAAGGAGCACGCCUUCUUCCGCUACAUCGACUGGGAAAAACUGGAGAGUAAAGAAGUUCAGCCGCCUUUCAAGCCGAAAUCUUGCGGGCGUGACGCCGAGAACUUUGACCGCUUUUUCACACGCCACCCCCCCGAGCUGACCCCCCCAGAUCAGGAGCUUAUAGCCAACUUGGACCAGGACGAGUUCCAAGGCUUCUCAUUUCUUAACCCUGAGUACCCUCACACUUCUCACUGACCAUGCCACACAUACACGCCGCCGCCGCCGCCGCGGUCCGCCUCCCACGUAAGACAGCCCGGGAGAAAGUCGCCAUCGUCGCUCACGUCCGGGCCGGGGAAGUAAGCGUUGUUCGCCGGGAGCUCCAACAAAAUCCAACUAGCGUAGUUUGUGGCCAGAAGAAGAACCGCGCAGACCUCAACUAUGGCAAGCUUUACUCAGCUCCACGCCAUGCUAGCAUGGAAACGGGAGUUCAGAAAAAACUAGUGGUAUUAAAAAAAAACCCAUCGUAAUCAAUUACCGUAUUUUCCGGGCUUAAAGCCGCACCCACCAAAUUUGAGAAGAAAUAAAUAUUUUUACAUGUAUUAGCCGCACCGCCCAAUAAGCCACGAUGAUAUAUAUUUGUAAAUGUUUAUUUACAUUAAAUGUUUCCAAACAGGGCAGUAAAACGGCUGAUCAAACAAAACAGAAGUCAUGGUCAAGCUGCGAAAGCUCGCUCUCCAAUCAGUUAAACAGACUCAUUUACGAAAGUGAAACAACACAAAAAUAAGUAAGUUAAUAAUACUAACACAGACACUUGUUAAUGUGUUAGCAUGUUCGCUGAAGCUAACAACGCUAGCCUGAUUGCAUUACGAAUAUGCAUGAACACACUCCUGCACACGUCACACAUGGGGACGCUUCAGUCCGUCAGAGUUGUUUUAGUUAUGUUGUAAAACUCAACAGUUGUCGCUUGGAGUGAAGAAUGGACUGUUAUACUUCCGGUUCAAGGCAUGACAACAGGAAGUACAUUUUCAACCUGCAGUGAGCAAACUGAUCCAAAAGAUGGCGCCAUAGCACAAACAAUCAAUCAAUCCACUUUAUUUAUGUAGCACAUUUAAACAACAAAAAAUGUUUCCAAAGUGCUGCACAACAAUAUUAAAAACAAUAAUCAAAUAUUAUUGUUAGCUCCACCGAUGACUGAACAAAAACAAAAAAUAAAUAAAUAUAGAACCAAUAUAAAAAUAAAUAUGAUUAAAAACGAUUUUAAAGGGAAAAAACAAUUAAAACAGUAAAUAGAAAUCAACAUUUAUAAACAAAAAAACACCUUUUCAGUGUACGCAAGUUAUUUGUUGAAUACAAAACAUAAAGUAGGCGCACCGUUUUAUAAGCCGCGGGGUUCAAAGCUAGGGAGAAAAGUCACUGCUUGUAGUUGGGAAUAUACGGUAAUUACUCAUUCUCACCACAGUUUGGAGUCAAAUGGCCAUUUCAGUUCUUCAUUUACUUACACCAAAAUAUCAGCACGACGACGUAAGGACGUUCAGUAUUGAGAGCUGGAAAAUGAUACAUGACAAAUUAGCACGGUAUCGUGCGUGACUACCUUCUGUAAAAGCAGAAUAUUUCUUGUAUUCGCUCUCGUUUACUUGCCAGAGUGCCAAAAGUACAGCUCAGAAAUCAGUCAAGCGAAGUCCGACCAGGACGAGCGGGUGUGCCGACGUACGCCAUCACCAUUGUCUUCACCAACACCGUCACCUUUUUCUCCCCCUACGGCUCAAGAAGAUGCGCGUUUAUUGUGAGCCAGGUGCGGAACAAAUGCGUCAAAUCCACCUCUCAGCUUAUCGGAAGGGCUGUUGUUGCCACGGCAACAAUUUGCUCCAGACAGACAAAUGACAAUAAACCAAGUACAGUACAAGGCGGGAAAUACGGGAAGAAUUUUAAGUGAAUAUAUCAAAUGUUGUUGUUGUGGAUGAAAGAAAGAAGCUUCCAUGGAUUGUAUUGUUCUGUAUGACUGGAAAUGAUAAUAUACUCACUGGCGCCGA